AUGGUAAUGGAAUGUCAUCCAUCCACAGCGGUUCAGGCAUUCAAACUUGCAAUGACCAGAGGGACGCCGUUUCAUACAAGUCUGGUGGUGAACAUGCUGAAGACAAUGGACGAGCUGAAUGAGAGAGUUGACGGUUUCGUACGUCUGGAAGAGAAGGAAGCAGCUAAUGCUAGGAAGACAUCUAUUAUCUCCGCAGAGGAGAAGUUCAAAGCCAAGAUUCGGCAAAAGCAAGCUCCACCACAGCAUCAGACCUCUUGGAAGUCAGAGAAGAGUCCCCGAGAGGAGGAAUUGAUUACUCCACUCAAAGUCACUCUGGCAAGGCUGUACAAAGAAAAUAAAGAUAACUUUCGUCCUCCCUUACCAAUUCGACAACCUCUUGAACAGAGAGAUCGCUCUAAACAUUGGCCAGCACAGGAGCAGAAUCGACUAGCUGAGCAAGUUAAGAGAAAUCAAAAGCCGAACCACCAUAACGCUCAGCCCGUUCAGAUAAUAAAUGCAAUUCAUGGCCGACAUGAACGGACAACAGAAUCUGAAGAAUUGCUCCGAACGCGUCUCCGCCAAGCGCAGAUGAAGAGGCGAGUAGGCAGUGUCAACACUUUACACCAACAGAACGCAUCAACACAGAUAAGGUUUGACAGAAUAGACUUGCUGCGAGUUCAGAUUCCUCAUGAAGAUCCUUUGGUUGUUAGUUUGAUAGUGGCAGAAUGCUUAGUGCGAAGGGUGCUAAUAGAUCCUGGGAGCAGUGCGAAUGUUAUACCUAGGGUCACCUUCGAUCGAUUAGAAAUUAAGCCAAAAACGCUUAAAUAUACUAGAAAUCCAUUGUUGGGAUUCGAUGGAAAGCGAGUUGAAUCCAUCGGCACAGUUGAAUUGGUUGUCCGAGUUGCCGAAAGGGAACUUAUCAAAAGCUUUGUGGUGGUGGAGAUCCAUCCAUCCUACAAUCUGCUGAUGGGAAGAAGAUGGAUUCAUAGGGUCCAUGGAGUCCCAUCGACCCUGCACCAAGUUAUGAGGUGUCUGAGUCCUGAUGGCAAUAAGGUGAUUGAUAUCCAUGGGGACCAGGUUGCAACAAAGGAGUGUUACUCGGUGACUCUGAAAGCCGCAGGGAAGGGAAAAGUUCCCGUCCAAUCUCAUAGCCCACAAUAG